CCUUUACAGAAAUCAUCUGUUCACAGAAAUAACUUUUUCCCGAGAAAAGAAGAAAAUGAUUUCACCAAAUUGACCUUCGCCAUUUUCGUCGCUAUCUCCCCUCUCUCUCACACACACCACUGUGUGCGUUACUCCCCUUCCCUCCCUCUCUCAGUCGGUGGUUUUUUUUUUCGAAUUUUGUAUCUCAGUCUUCUCAAUUUCAAUCCUAUAUAAUCUCGAAGCAGUUUAAUACUUUACUUCAUUUCUUAAACAACUCAAGCCUAGGGUUUUCUCCAAGUAGCUCCUUCAUUCUUCAAUGGCGAUCACAGGCGCAGGUUUUAAGUGGUACGAUGGAUUCUUUCUAUCAAUGCUUGCGUUUAGCAUAAUAAUGGUCGGCUUGAGUUGGGACCAUUACCACCUUUGUAAAUUACCAUUGCACCUAUGGAUAUCGGUUGAUUAUGCCGCGGUCUUUGUUUUCCGCCUCUUGAUGUUCGUAGACAAUGCGAUUGCAGCUGAAGUGCGAUUGGAUUUUGGCAGACAACUAAGAGGGCGUCAUUUUUUUGGAAGAAUUGUGGUUCUAUCUAUUCUGUAUGCAGUGCUCUACCCCUUUCUUUGGGCAUGGAGUGUUGUUGGGGCUGUUUGGUUUGCUGGAGCAAGAAACUGUUUGCCUGAAAAAAACCAGAAAUGGGGAUUUCUUGUAUGGUUACUUUUUAGCUUCUGUGGACUCAUUUGCCUUGCGGGUAAUUUCGGUAAAAAGUGGUUAACAAGAAGGCAAGCUCAUUUGCGACGCGCUCCACAUGGGACUCGUAUCUCAGAAUAUAGGGUUUUGCUUAAUAUGAUUCGUCAACCCGAUUGGGUAUUUGAAACUGCUGGUCAAGAAAUGAGAGGCAUUGACCAAGAUGCCGCCCCGUAUAGUCCUGGACACGAUUUAUCUGAAUCACAGAGGACAGCGGUGGAAACAUCGAUUCAACGGCUUCCAGUUUUUAUCUUAAAAGCCGUCCCGACCGACUGCAGUGACUGCCCGAUUUGUUUGGAAGAGUUUCAUGUUGGGCAAGGGGUACGUGGGCUUCCUUGUGCGCAUAAUUUCCAUGUUGCAUGUAUCGAUAAAUGGCUUAGAGUAAAUAUGAAAUGCCCUAGAUGCCGGUGUUAUGUGUUUCCUAAUCUUAACCUAAGUAAUACGUUGACUAUCCCGGUUGACUCAGCGAGCCAUCAUCAUGUUAGAAUCCAACCGUCUAGUUACCUUGUUAGAAUGCAGAGCUUUUUACAACCGGUUCGUGAAGAAGAUGGACAGCUGUUCACCUCCUCCAGCCCUAGCUCCAGUUCCUCAAGUGAGAGUCCUUGCCCUGCUGCUACUGGUUUUGAAUAUGUUGAAAAUGGAUCCGAGAUGUGUGAUCAUGUUCUUGCAAUGGGAGAACAUGUACAGUGAAUGGUUUUAAUUCGGUUGUUGUUUAAGAUAGGAUGUAAAUCUUUUUUGGUUGGAUUUUAUAUGAGAUUUAGAACUACAUUGCUUGUUUUUGGUUACC